AUGGCGAGAAUAACCGGAAUUUAUCCCGACGCCAACCGAUCCAUCCCAACAAACAGGUACAAGCAAGGUGAAGACGGCAAAGUUGCACACUCUGCGCCGAAAUCCUAUGCGCCAGACGAGCCUGGUGUACAACCCAGAACCCAGGGCCCGAGCUACGAGGAGCUCAGUGGUUAUGUUUGA